AUGGAUAAGCACGCUUCGGCGGCGCGGGAAAUGUGGUCGAGUGCAAUACGGUCCCGUUUCGAGGUGUAUGCUGCCAAUGCUCCCUCACAUCCCGACUCCAGACAUCGCACAGCACUUGCUGACCGCGAGCUGCGUAUACUACAAGAGCAGCUCGCGCUCGCGAGGAAAUUGCGCAAUAAGACCACGGGCCCUUGUCGUCUUCCGCCCGAGUCUCUUGCGCUCGUUUUCGACAUGCUCCAAGCACAAUGGAAGCCUACCGGAGCAACAGCGCUUGACUACCAAUCAGACGGCCCGCAGUUCGAGACAACAUACACCUCAGGCUGGAUGGCUAUCCUCCAUAUAUGUAGCUACUGGCGGGAGGUGGCGCUUAGCACGUCGGCCUUAUGGUCUCGUCUUGAUUGCUUAGAUCUGCAUCCUGAACUUAUCCCGACGAUACUCAUCCGUUCGCGCGGGCUGCCGUUGACUUUUCGUAUUGACGGUUCGACCACCGUGCACAAAUUUGGCAGACCCUGCUAUAGUGCUCCGAUCCCAACUAGUAGCUGGCUCUAUAGGCCGAUUCUACGACGACUAGCACAUCUCGAGAUCUCCAACGUCCCCGAUGAAUACCUGCAGUCCUGGUUACCUACUUUCCGCCAGAGUCCAAUGCCACUACUACGCACAAUAUGCAUAACUGGCGACACGGGCGUGGUCGAGGAAGAAGACGACGACCAUAUCGCUAGGUAUAAAGCUCCGAGGUCCGUCAUCCCCGGGGACACAUUCCAUCGAGUCGCACCUCAGCUCUAUCAACUAUACUUGAGAGAAGUCAGGUUCUCGUGGACCUCGUCCCUGUUUUCGCGCUCUGUGGUUGAGUUGGAGCUUGGACUAUGGGGGGAGCAUGAGCCGGAUGUUCAAAGUUGUACACCUUCUGAGGAACAGUUUCAGGCCGCGCUGUCAUCCAUGCCCGCUCUCAAAAGGCUUACCCUUCACGCUAUCUUCCCACCUGCACCCGAAGAUGGUCAUGACCCAGAGGCGAUUCGGCUUCCGGACUGCUUUGAGCAUCUCGAUGUAACAUGCAAUACGAUCCACUCCAUUGAGUCGUGUAUGUCCUUCAUGGGGAGGAUCGCUUUGCCGCAGACCGCCAUUAGAGAGCUGAAUGUCUUCCCGCCCAUCAGACAUACGGGCGACGAUAUCCUGGAGACUUCUGCUAAGAAGUUGUUCACCGCCAUGGACGAAGAUCUCCCAGCUCGUGAACUGCAUCUUCACGAGGACACCGUCGCCCUCGAGAUCGGAGAAAGACCCCUGCAUUCCCUACUAUUGCAACCACUCUAUCCGGAUGACUGUGAUGACUGGGAAGCACCCUUGGGAGGGCGUCAUCCUGGUGGGCACUAUCUGCGCCUAUCGUACAAAAUCCAUGAUCGGCCCUUGGAGAUUCUCAUCCCUCUGCUGUCGUUGGCGACCUUACAAACGAUCGUUUGCACACCGGACCGGAUCUAUGAACUCACUGCGAACGAUUGGACGAGCACUUUCGGCACGGCCAAAACCUUACAACGCCUGUGCCUAGUGUACACCGAGCACCUUGGCGAGCUCUUCGACGCUCUCUGCGAGGUCGAGCAAUACGAAGACGGCACACCUCACUUCGCCCUAUUUCCUACGUUGUCGACGCUUGUGUUGCAUAAGCCCCAGGAUAUCGACUACCCUCAUCCCUUCUCUCACAUGUACAAGAACCUGCAAUUCCCAGAAGAGAGGGAGGAGCUGCGCAAGGAGCUCGCAGCCUCGUUCCUCGAAGCUCUGCAGAUCCGGGAGAUGAAGGGCGCGCCUGUGAAGGAGCUGUACGUGGGGAAAGGGAUGUCGGGCUGGGAGAUAUGGAAACAUGCGGAACAGUUGGUCACCGUGACAUACUUUUGA